UCCCUCUCCGCUAUCAUUCGCUCCUCAUUCUCUCAUUCUGUCGCUCGGUCGGCUGUGAUUCACAUCAGUGUGUGUCUGUGCGGCACUGCACUUAUACACACACACACACACACACACACACGCAAAGAGGGGUUGAGGUGUGACCUUUGAACUUUCAGCCUUGUGCCAAUCAGCUGGGCGCUGUGCAUUAACGUCCAGUCGAGUGAUGUGUGUGAGACGCUGGCGCUGGUGUUCUGCGGCGCUGAUGUGAGCUGUGACACCGGUGACCCCGAGCUGACCUCUCCGAUCGCUCUGGCACAACACCACGGACAGAACCUGCAGCUGGAGUUCCUCAUGCAGAACCGCAACACAGAGCUCCCGAGGUCAGAGGUGAAGGUUGCUAUAGACCGGGUGCACUACAUGGCCCCGCCCUCGGUCACGCAUAACGGGUUUCUAUUUAAGACCGCCUCUAUGGCUCGACCAAUCACAGAGAAGAAGGGAAAAGAAGACUUCAGUCGGCGCUGGUGUGUGCUGAAUGAUGGGAAUUUUAGCUAUUAUGAAAGUGACAAAAACGCUACGCCGAACGGAGGACUGAAGAUGAAGGAGAUCGUGUGUCUGGCUGUCAGCCCCCCUGAGACUCAUGGGUACGAUCACACGUUUGAGCUGUACUCGGAGGCCGAGCGCUUGUAUCUGUUCGGCACUGAUAAUCCCGAGGCCAUGCGCGAGUGGGUCAAAUCCAUCGCAAAGUCGUUCAUUCCUGCGGCCGCGGAGGAUCUGUUACUGAAGGACUUCGAGCGCAUCGGCCGGCUGCGUUAUAAAGACCGACUGAACCGGGAGAUGUCCAGACUGGGCUGGUUCUGUCUGGUGGGGUCAAGCCUGCACAUCCGGCUGGAGGAGCACGCCGCAGAUGAGACCAUCGACCUGCAGAAGCUCCAGGAGCUCUCGAUCCAGCCGGAGAAUGAGGUUCUGGUCCUGGUGGAACGAGGGAGGACGCUGUACAUCGAGGGCGAGAGGAAGCUGGACUUCCAGGGCUGGGCGGCUGCCAUCCAGAGGGCUGCUGGGAGUUCUGGAGACACAUUGAGUCAGCAGCAGCUGACGGAGGCCGAUAUUCCCGUGAUCGUGGAGCGCUGCAUUCACUUCACCACUCAAUACGGUCUGACCUCGGAGGGAAUCUAUCGUAAGAGUGGCGUGAACAGUAAGAUCGCCGCCCUGCUGGAGGAGUUCAGACGCGACGCCCGGUGUGUUUGGCUGAAGGAAGGGGAACAUCAGGUGGAUGACGUCUCUAAUGUCCUCAAGCGCUUCUUCAGAGACAUCGAGGAGGGAUUGUUUGGUCUGGAUGCACACAGCUGGCUCAGCGCUACAGCUUUCACAGACGAGAGCAGUCGGAUCUGUCAGUAUCGUCUUCUGUUCAGUAAUCUUCCCCGAGUAAACCAGGCCACACUACGAGCGCUAGUUAAUCAUUUAUACUGCGUCCAGCGGUUUGCGGAUCUCAAUCAGAUGAAUCUUCACAAUCUGGCCAUCGUGUUCGGCCCGACUCUCUUCCAGGCGGACGGGAAGGACUACAGCGCCGGACGGGUCAUCGAGGAUCUCAUCCAACACUACGUCACUAUAUUCGAUGUGAACGAGCUGCAGCUGAAGAAGCAGUUAGAUGAGAUCACAUACAUCAUAAAGCUCAGAGACAACCUCACGCCUAAAGCAGGAACGGGCAGUGGUGAUUUCAUCUGCACGGUUUACCUGGAGGAGAAGAAGGACACCGCUGAACAGCAUGUGAAGAUUCCCGCCACGAUGACGGCCGCAGAACUGACCUUCGAGAUCCUGGACAGACGGAAAAUCAGCGUAAAGGAGAAGGACUACUGGUGCUGCUUCGAGGUGAACGAGAAAGAGGAGAUGGAGCGGCCGCUGCACUAUCAGGAGAAAGUGCUGCCCAUCUUUCAUUCCCUGGGCACUGACAGUCACCUGCUGGUCAAGAAGCACUUCUCCAUGGAGGCCAUGCUGGUGUAUCUGGCCAGUAAAGUGGAGGUGUCCAAACACGGUAUGAUGAAGUUCAGAGAGGAGAGGAGUCUGCUGGGGUUGAGCACGGGGAGCUUCAAUGACCGAUACUUCAUCCUGACCAACACCUCGCUCAGACUCUAUAAAGAAGUCCGGAAUCUGCAAAAGCUGCAAAGUCCAGAGCUGCAGUGUAGUAAUCGUGCCGAGAGAGAGUGGCCCGUCAAGUGUCUGAAAGUCUAUCAUGGCAUUAAAAAGAAGCUCCGUCCGCCGACAUGCUGGGGUCUCACAGUCAUCUAUGAGAGUGAGAAACAGGAGAAGCAGGAGAGACAGCAGUGGUGUCUCUGCUGUGACACACAGAAUGAAAUGAGGGAGUGGUUUGCUACGUUCAUGAGCAUACAGAACGGGGGUCGUGUUUGGCCGGCCGAGUGGUUGAAGUCUCGUGCCUCGAGUCGCUCUGCGCCGCUGGACGCUCGCUUCGGUAACGUGUCUCUGAUUCCUCUGCGGGGCAGUGAGAACGAGAUGAGGAAUAGUGUCGCCGCUUUCACAGCCGAUCCACUCGCCCUCUUCAGAAAUGUUUGACGGAGUGAACGGUGUUCAGUUUUAGGAUCUGAAGGUGUGUGUGUGUCCGUCUCAUCAGCAGCCGUGGACCGCUCCGAUCUGGAUCAGCACCUGAGUGUUCGGAUCUUCUCACGCACUUUGACCUUCACAGAGGUGACCUCACAGCACACUGGUCCAAUCCAUCACUGUCUCCUGACACGUCACACUCCAGGGGUCACAUGAUGCUGAAGGGCGCGAUGGAUUUAUGUUUCAUGU